AAUGGUCGUUUCUGCCUUUACAUGGCCAGUUGUUCGAACCGGAAACAAAGUUUCGGUUUCUGUCGCACAUGCGCGGCUCAGCUGGCGGCUGAUAUUUCUGAAAAUAAAAAGAAAAGCAAAAUUUAAAAAUAUAUAUAUGUAUAUACUGAGUCACGAGACCGGAUGCGCACCAGGCUUUCAUCGAAAAACCGCCGUAGAUCAAAACAACUCGCCGAAGCGGCACCUAUAGCGAGGAAUCAGCGUGAACGCGUUGUGAUCGACAAGCUGCUCGCGCCUCGAUUUAGGUGGUCCCCCGGUGUCCGUCAUGCAGGUGCGUGACAUGUACUCACACUACGGUUGCGGAUCGCAGCGCUACGUUUGCGAAGACGGUGACAUCAUCCUCGUCUCGUACCCCGGUUGCGGCGUUCACUGGGUCCAACAGAUCGUCCAGCUCAUCCUCAACUCCGGCCAAAGCGCCCAGGACUACGUCGAGUUCAUGAGGCGCACGCCCUUCCUGGAUAGGCUUAACGCUACAAGAAGACGAAGCUGCGAUCCCGACCUCGUUGUUCCUGCACGGCCGAGGACACUGAGGACUCACCUUCAGAUACUUCGUGGCGGCGUUUCGCACUCUAAAGUCAGGUACGUCUACGUCGCACGCAACCCGUGGGACUGCUGCGUCUCCCUAUACCACCGCGUCAAGUUCAGCUCGACAAGGUCGCCUGCGCUCGUAACCCCGCGUUCGAAUUUCGACGAAUUCUUCGAUCUCUUCGUGAAGGGCAAGUUCAGCUUCGGCGAUUAUUUCGACCACGUUCGUAGCGCUUACGACCACCGGGACGAGGACAACGUCUUUUUCGUUACGUUCGAGGACUUGAAAGCGGACAGGGAGGGCGUCGUAUUGAAGCUGGGCCACUUCCUCGGCGAAGAAUACGGCGAAGCGCUGGAAAACUGCCGUGUGUUCGCGGACGUCUGCGAGAAAUCGAGCUUCGACUACAUGAAACGAGUGUACGGCGAUCCGAAACAGGGUUUGGAUUCGUUGUCUGCUACUGCGUCCACUUCACCUUCCGCGGCUGCAGAAGGCGUCUUCGCGUCUGGCCUCCUGCAAGAUGGCGACCGAUUCUGCCGCGCUCUUCGGUCGGGCAAGGUGAACGACUGGAAAGAACAUUUCACACUGGAGCACCGAGACAGGAUGAAGGUGAGGAUAGCGGAGAAGACCAAAGGAUCGGACUUGAUGAGCCUCUGGAGACUUCAGUCCAGAUACAAGUGCUUGGCAGCGUAUUCUUGAAGUGAUGGUGGUGCAGAUUAUAAGAUUUGCGCCAUUUGGGGCUUAGCUCGUCCCCCAGCAAUAAACGACGUCUAUCUUGCA